AAAGAUAAAAGUGUUAGAAGAAGAAGAAGAACUGCUUUCUCUUCAUCGAUAAGAUUAGAAACUUAAAAGAGUUAUGAGAUCGAACUGCGAAUCUUCUACCACGGUGGUGAGCUCAAUUCCUCCCUUUCUGAGCAAGACAUACGAUAUGGUUGACGAUCCAUUGACCGACGAGGUGGUGUCUUGGAGCAGCGGGAACAAGAGCUUUGUUGUCUGGUACGUGCCUGAGUUCUCUAUACUGUUUCUGCCGAAGUACUUCAAGCAUAACAAUUUCUCCAGCUUUGUCAGGCAGCUCAAUACUUAUGGUUUCAGAAAAGUUGAUCCAGAUCGCUGGGAAUUUGCAAACGAGGGAUUCAUAAGAGGCCAAAAACAAUUGCUAAAGAGCAUCGUCCGGCGAAAACCUUCUCAGGUGCAGCCUCCACAGCAGCCUCAAGCCCAGCACUCAUCCGUUGGCGCCUGCGUCGAUGUGGGCAAGUUUGGAGUCGAAGAAGAAGUCGAAAGACUCCAGCGGGACAAGAACGUCCUCACCCAAGAGCUUGUGGGGUUAAGGCAGCAGCAGCAAGUCACCGAGCAUCAUCUCCAAAACGUGGGGCAGAAGGUUCAUGUGAUGGAGCAGAGGCAGCAGCAGAUGAUGUCUUUCUUAGCAAAGGCUGUUCAGAGUCCAGGCUUCUUAAACCAGUUCUCACAGCAGAAUAACGAGGGGAACAACCAACACGUUUCCGAAGGUAACAAAAAGAGGAGGCUACCUGUUGAGGAGCAGAAGUACGCCGGCGGUUACGGGGCGAAUGGUCUUAGCUGCCAGAUUGUUAGAUACCAGUCGUCGAUGAACGAGGCAGCAGACACUAUGCUCGAACAGAUACACAAUAUGAGUAACCCACAUAGCCGCCAGGAGCCCCUCUCCAACAAUCACGGUAGCUUUCUUUUGGGAGAUGUUCCAAACAUUUCAGACAAUGGCAGCUCCACAAAUGGAGCAUCUGGUGUUACAUUGGCUGAUGUUUCAUCCAAUCCCGCAAUUAACUAUCAUGUCCCUUGUGAAGCAAACCAGAUCCUGGAGGGCAGUUUGCCGUAUGCUCAAGUUGAUCUCCUAGCUCCGAACCAAGGAGCAGCUUAUGGGAGCUCAAAUUCUGAUGUAGUUGGAUGCGAGACGGAUAAUGAAGAGUGUUUGGAUCCGAUAAUGGCUGUUCUGGCUGGCUCAAUGGGACUAGAAGCCAAUGCAGUAAAUGAGUUGCUUCCUGGAGUUCAAGAUCCACUGUGGGAACAGUUCUUUGGUGAGAGGCCAGUGAUUGGCGACACAGAGGAGCUGGUCUCAGGGUCAGUGGACAACGGGUUGAUAAUGGAGCAGCUAGAGUUACAAUCCAACCUGAGGAAUGUGUUGAGCAGCAACCAACAAAUGAACCAUCUUACUGAACAGAUGGGAUUUCUCACAUCAGAUGCGCUCAGGAAGUGAAAAUAGCCACAAGUUCCUUAAUCACUCAAGAGAUGUAGAAGAUGGGUUAAGGUUUUGUGGAGUCUCGCAGCAACAAAAGGAUAAUGGCUAAAGGAGGUGUUAUGUAUGUAUGUAUCAAACUUGUGUUACUCUCAUUCUUGUCAAUGUGUGAUAAAAUAAGAGAGAUAAUAAUAAUAGCCUUAAGAUUUCUACAUUGAACUUGGAAAGAAAUCUCUACUUGUUAUUGAUUUACACUGAAAGAAAAUUAUUGUGUUCUCGUGUUUUU